CCAGGAAACACCAUUUAAACCUCUAGUGGGAGUGGACAGUCUCUGGAUUUAACUCGACAGAGGCACUCAAGCAUCACUCCACAGCAACAAGUCGCUUUUCUCGCAGAAAAAAAGGUGUCCAACAACGAAGGAGAAGCUUGAGUCAUGUGUGGGAUCUUUGCCUACCUGAAUUACCGAGUGCCUCGCACCAGAAAGGAGAUAUGUGAGACGCUGGUGAAGGGACUGCAGAGACUGGAGUACAGAGGGUACGAUUCAGCAGGUAUCGCUGUGGACGCCCCCAAGAAGAACGGCGACGACAACGCCAUCGUCCUGAUCAAGAAGAAGGGGAAGGUGAAGGCUCUGGACGAGGAGCUUUACAAGAAAGACUCGCUGGACCUGGACGAAGAGCUGCGCACACACUUCGGCCUCGCUCACACUCGCUGGGCCACACACGGAGAGCCGAGCUCCGUCAACAGCCAUCCUCAUCGCUCCGACAAGGAUAACGAGUUUGUCGUCAUCCACAACGGCAUCAUCACCAACUACAAAGAGCUGAAGGCGUACCUGAUCGCCAAAGGAUACGAGUUUGAGUCAGAGACGGACACAGAGGUCAUCCCCAAACUGACCAAAUAUGUUUACGACAACCGAGAGACUGACAGCAUCUCCUUCUCCACCCUGGUAGAGCGGGUUAUUCAUCAGCUGGAGGGAGCCUUCGCCCUGGUGUUUAAAAGCCGUCAUUUCCCCGGAGAGGCUGUGUCCACCAGGAGAGGAAGUCCGUUGCUCAUUGGUGUGCGAAGCGAGCAUGAGCUGUCGACUGAAAACAUCCCCGUCCAGUACAACAGUGCUCACUUCAAGGAGGGAGUCCAGGAGAAGAACAGCCAUAAUCGUCCCGACUGCUCCAGCGAAAUCAACUCAGUGGGGGAUGGCAGGCCCGUGGAGUAUUACUUUGCCUCUGACGCCAGUGCCAUCAUUGAGCACACCAACAAGGUGUUGUACCUGGAGGAUAACGACAUGGCCGUGGUGGCCGGCGGGAAACUCUCCAUCCACAGGAUGAACCGGCAGGUCGGUGAUGAUCCGGUGAGGGCCAUCCAGACGCUGCAGAUGGAGCUGCAACAGAUCAUGAAAGGCAACUUUGAUGCCUUCAUGCAGAAGGAGAUCUUUGAGCAGCCGGAGUCCGUCGUCAACACCAUGAGAGGACGCAUUUGUUUUGACACCAACACAGUGAUUCUCGGUGGACUGAAGGACCACCUGAAAGAAAUCAAACGUUGCAGACGGUUAAUCGUGAUUGGCUGCGGCACCAGCUUCCACGCUGCAGUGGCUACAAGACAGAUCCUGGAGGAGCUGACGGAGCUGUCUGUCAUGGUGGAGCUGGCCAGCGACUUCCUGGACCGCAACACGCCCGUUUUUAGAGACGACGUUUGCUUCUUCAUCAGCCAGUCAGGAGAGACGGCAGACACCUUAAUGGCGCUACGCUACUGUAAGGGCCAAGGUGCCCUGACGGUUGGUAUAACCAACACCGUGGGCAGCUCCAUCUGUAGAGAAACAGACUGCGGAGUCCACAUCAACGCCGGGCCUGAGAUAGGAGUGGCUAGCACCAAGGCCUACACCAGUCAGUUUGUGGCCCUCAUCAUGUUCGGCCUGAUGAUGAGCGAGGACAGGAUCUCCCUUCAGCAGAGACGACUGGAGAUCAUCAACGGCCUGAAGGUGCUACCUGACCUGAUAAAGCAGGUGUUGGCCCUGGAUAAAAAGAUCAAGUCCAUCGCUGAUGAACUGUACGAGCAGAGGUCUCUACUGGUCAUGGGCCGAGGUUUCCACUACGCCACCUGCCUAGAGGGGGCGCUGAAAAUCAAGGAGAUCACUUACAUGCACUCCGAGGGCAUCCUGGCCGGCGAGCUGAAGCACGGUCCUCUGGCACUUAUAGACAAAGACAUGCCGGUCAUCAUGAUCAUCAUGAGAGACGCCUGCUACACCAAGUGCCAGAACGCUCUGCAACAAGUCACCGCCAGAUCGGGUCGACCCAUCAUCCUCUGUUGCCAGGACGACCCUGAGAUGAGUCAGAUGUCCUACGACACAAUCGAGCUGCCGCACACUGUGGACUGUCUGCAGGGCGUCCUCAGCGUCAUCCCCCUGCAGCUCCUGUCCUUCCACUUGGCCGUCCUGCGAGGAUUUGAUGUUGACUUUCCAAGAAACUUGGCCAAAUCUGUGACCGUGGAAUAAUAACAGUUCACAAAGCAACGGAGAGGAGAAAGGAGGCUCAUAGAUUUACCCGUACAAGUGUGCAAUUCGUUCAGUAUGUAUGUAUGUAUGUACGUAUGUAGGUGUGUGUAUGUAUGUGUGUGUGUGUGUGUGUGUGUAGCAAGAGCGGGGUAAAGUAGGGCACUUUGUUUGCGUGUGAACAUGGACGAGGGUGAGAGUGAGUGUGAGGUAUACGGUACAAUGAUUUAAAAAAAAAAAAAAAAAAAAGACAGAAAUGUGAAGUCCGAAUCCGACCAAAA